GAAUCAACUAACGGCAUUUACGCUUAGAUGUGUUGAACUCCAUCUCAUUUUUCUUGUAUAUAUUACUGAAAGAGGAAACAAAAUACUAGAGUUUAUAGGAUCGGAAAAACAACAGGAUCGUCCAUGGGAGUUAAUUGCUUAUCGAGAUCGCGGGCCGAUUUCGAACGUGGCCAUGAAAGUGGCAUUGGUAGCACCAGGUUCUCGAGUCGACGACCAAGAGGGAGGGUGGAGAACAAGUUGAAGGAUCUUGGAGGUUACUUGGCCUUGUACAAAGCUGUGGUUAGAGGUGAGUGGAAUGAAGCCAGGAAAUUUUUAGACGACGAUCCAGAUGCAUUGACGGCAAAGAUCACCAUAGCUUCAGAAACAGCACUUCAUAUUGCGGUUGGCACAGGGAAAGAUCUUGAAUUCGCAGAGAAACUGAUAAGGAGGAUGUCCCCUGAAGAUUUAGCCCUUACUGAUCAAAAUGGUGAGACUGCGCUUUCAGUAGCUGCAGUGGUUGGCAACAUUGAAGCAGCCAAAUUAUUGGUUAAUAAAAAUCCUGAUUUGCCAAAUGUUUCAGGCAAAUCAGGCUUGCCUAUUCACAGGGCCGCGCAGUACGGUCAAAAGACAAUGAUUUGGUAUUUGUUGGAUGUUACUAGAGCUGAUAUUGAGUCUAGUCCUUUUGCAGGCGAAUCUGGUGGUAGACUACUUAUUGACAUUAUAACUGCCGAAUUUUUUGGCAUUGCUCUCCAUUUAGUUGAACGGUUCCCGGAGAUGGCAACAACUGAGGUGCAUGGUGUGGGUUCCCCCUUGACUGUGCUAGCUACAAAGUCUACUGCUUUCCCAAGUGGCGAUGUCACUCCUUGGCAACUACUAUGUUAUAAUCCCGUUAAAUAUUUUCUACAAGUCCAGCAAAGAAGGCAGAUGCAAAAACAGAUGGAACACGACGCACUUGAGCUUGUAAAAAGCUUGUGCACAGAGAUAUUAGAGCUUGAUGAUGCCAAAGCUUUCUCUUUACUUCAGCAACCACUGUUGAUUGCCGCAAGGUUAGGCACUCAUGAGAUUAUAGAAGAGAUUGUUGAGGCGUUUCCCCCAGCAAUUUGGGCUUCAGAUGAGGAAAAUCAUAACGUAUUUCAAUUAGCUGUCAUACAUCGUCGUGAAAACGUUUUCAAUCUUAUAUAUCAAAUGAGUGAUUACAAGCAUCUAAUUACAAGAUACAUAGAUCACCCACAUGACAAUAACAUAUUACAUUUAGCUGGCAAGUUACCAUCUUCAGACCGCCUUAACCUUGUUUCUGGUGCAGCUUUACAAGUUCAACGCGAGUUGCAAUGGUUUAAGGAAGUGAAGAAGUUUGUGCAGCCUGGCCAAAAAGAGGCGAUAAACAAACAAGGGAAAACCCCAUGGAUGGUUUUCAGAGAGGCACAUCAACAGUUGAUGAAAGAUGGGGAGUUAUGGAUGAAGACAACAGCACAAUCAUGUACAGUUGCUGCAACACUGAUUGCAACUGUAGCAUUCAACGCAGGACUACAUGUUCCUGGUGGUAAUAACGACAAAGACGGGCAUCCACUAUAUUUUCACCAAACUGCCUUUGGUGCAUUUGCAGUGGCAGACGCAAUCUCCCUUUUCUCUUCGGUCACCUCUAUCCUUAUGUUUUUGUCAAUCCUAACAUCAAGAUACUCAGAAGAUGACUUCCGUAUUGCACUUCCAAGGGGAUUGAUUGUUGGAUUAAGCAUGCUUUUUAUUUCUAUAUUAAGCAUGAUGGUAGCCUUCAGCUCAGCAAUUUACCUCGUGUUCGGUCUUCAGAGAGCCAUGACUGUCAUUCCAGUUGGUUUGGUCCUUGUUCUUCCAGUCACCUCGAAUGUCUUGGUGCCCCCUCUAUAUCAAAUGAUUUUCAAAUCUAAAAUUAUUGGUCCUGGCCUUUUCGGCAAGAAAAGUGCUCGAAAACUUCACUAA